UCCCCUCUGCCUCUCCUGCUGGACAUAUUGCUUCGUCCCGAAGCACAUCGACAUUCCCAAAGUCAACUCUUUGACCAGACCGAACGCCAAGAUCACUGCACAUCUCUCUUUGGAUGAUCGUCUUCUCUUCUACAUCCGAUCCGAAGCGAAUACAGAGCUGACCCGCGAUCGCGAUGGGGUUCAACUUCAUCCUGCACGCGCCGUGUCGUUCUCCGACGACGUGCGGCUCUUCCUUCGCGUGGUGCUCGUCCUGCCAGCCGCCGCCGCUCGGCUACCGCCGCUCGCCCCGCGGCGUGUCCGCCAUGUUCGCCGCCAUGAUGCUCGGUGGACUGGCCUUGGGACUGCUCGCUCCGACCGUGCUCGCGUUCGUCAAGUCGAAAGCGUCCAAAAUCUUCCGCAAACCCACCGCGGCGGUCAAGAGAGAGGAGACGAGCAACCCCGGAGCCGCGGCGAGCGGCGGCGACGAGCCGGCGCCGGCCGGCGAGGAGUACGAGGUGUUCUUGAGCUUCAGGGGACCUGAUACUCGCACGGGGUUUACCGAUUGCCUCUACCACGACAUGCUCGGCGCCGGAAUCCGCGUCUACCGAGAUGACGAGGAGCUCCGCGUCGGCAGGGAGAUCGGCGGCGAGCUCAUGCGGGCGCUCGAUGUGUCCAAGAUCUACGUGCCCAUCUUCUCGAGGGACUACGCGUCGAGCUCGUGGUGCCUCCGCGAGGUCGCCCACAUGGUGACUGCGUGGCUCGGUCGAAGGGGAAUAAGGAGAUCUUGCCAGUGUUCUUCAACGCCUCGCCCGCGGAUGUUAAGCUCAGGACUGGGCUGUACAGGAAUGCCAUGACCAAGCACAGGAAGAAGUUUGGGGAUGAGGAAGUGAAGAGGUGGGAGGAUGCUCUUGUUGAAGUUGCUGAAUUGAAGGGAUGGGACCUCAAAACGAGAGGGCAUGGGGAAGCUAUUAAGUUUAUCAUCCGAGAGGUUUUGUUUAGGUUGAAGAUAAAGCAUAAGUAUGUGAAAAAUCAGCUGGUUGGAGUGGAUGAUCGUGUAGAAGACAUAAUGAAGCUGUUGGAUGUUGACUGUGAAGGUGUUCGUUUUGUUGGUAUCCACGGGAUGGGCGGUGUUGGCAAAACAACUCUUGCAAAGGUUGUCUUCAACCAGGUCUGUUCGUAUUUUGAUGAUUGCUGCUUUCUUGGAGAUGUUCGAGAAUCAUCAGAAAAAGGGGGCCUAGUAAAUUUGCAGAAACAGUUGUAUUCUGACAUUCUUGACUCUAGAUUCGUAGACAACAUUCAUGACAUUGAUGAUGGGAUCAACCAGAUUGGGACAAGAUUUCGCAGCAAAAAGGUCCUCAUCGUUUUGGAUGAUGUUGAUAAGGAAGAACACCUAGAGAAGUUAGCAGGGGAACGAGAUUGGUUUGGUUCCGGAAGUAGGAUAAUCAUUACAACCAGGAAUGAAGCUACUCUAAAAGUCCUGGAUGAGGAUUUGAUAUACGAAUUAAAGGAACUGAAUUUUGAUCAAGCUCUUAAGCUUUUCUGCAUACAUGCUUUUAGAAAAGAUUCUCCACCUUAUCAAUACGAUAUUCCUGCAUCAGAAAUUGUUGUCACAACCGGAGGACUUCCUUUGGCUCUUGAGGUCAUAGGCUCAUUUCUCUAUCGCCAACCAGAAGAGAUAUGGAAAGAGACUGUGGAGAGGCUAGCAAGAAUACCUCAUAAGGAUGUCCGACAGCAGUUGAUGAUCAGUUAUGAAGCAUUAGAGGAUGAGGAAAAGGAGAUUUUUCUUGACAUUGCAUGCUUUUUUGUCAACAACACCAAAAAGACAAAUGCAAUUUACAUGUGGGAAGCUUGCAAUUUUUUUCCUGAGAUUGGGAUACAGGUUCUUAUGCAAAUGUCUCUGGUAAAGAUUGUUGAUGGUGAUGUAUUAUGGAUGCAUGACCAGCUCAAAGAUCUUGGGAGGCAAAUUGUUCAGAGGGAGUGCUUGCAUGAUCCCGGAGAGCGUAGCCGAGUGUGGAUUUGUGAGGAAGCCGUGGACAUUGUAAGAACAAAGCAGAGAAAGAAAAAAGUUCAGGCACUCAUAUUAACUGGAAGUGAUUAUCAACCACUUGUAAUUACGCAUGAUGAACUUAGUAGGUUGCCCAACCUGAGGUUCCUUGAAUUAGAGGAGGGAACCUUUGCCGGAGACUUUAUGGAUGAUUUUUCGAAGUUAAGGUGGAUUUCUUGGUAUUCUCCUAAGCCCCUUGAUCUUGAGGUAACCAAUCUAUCUAUGAAGAAUUUGGUUGUCUUUGAGAUCGUUGCAGGUGGCAUCACUGAUGACUGGAGUGGAUGGAGCCUAAUCAAGAUGGCAAAGAAUCUGAAAGUUCUAAACCUCAGAGGUUGUGAAGGCAUAACUAGAACACCAGACUUCUCUGGAUGCUUCAGUCUAGAGAGGCUGAGUUUCUAUAAUUGCAUAAACUUGGUUGAGAUCGACCCCUCCAUUGGGAAGCUAAAGCGCUUGAUUCACUUAAAUCUUAAAGAGUGCCUCGCUCUUAAGGAUUUGCCUGAAGAAAUUGGAAGGCUUACGAAUCUGAAGCUCCUUGCUUCUAGUGGAUGUUUUCUGAAACUCCCAGGUUCAUUUGGGAAAUUGACAUCAUUGAAGGAGUUGGAUUUGUCAAACAUACAAAUUGAAUGCCUUCCUGAUUCUAUUGGUGAUAAGAAGUUUCUGUCUGUCCUUAUUCUAAGGUACACACAAAUUAGUACACUUCCAGAGACUAUUGGGAAGCUUGUCAAACUUGAGUCUCUCUCUCUCUUUGGGUGCGUUAAGUUGAGAAAACUCCCAGACUCAAUUGGGAAGCUAGAGUCUUUGCAGGAGUUGAAUUUAUCCAGUACUAAAAUUACUGAGUUACCAGAUUCAAUUGGAAAUCUGGAGAAAUUAAAAGUGAUAUCAACGGAGAAUACUCCAAUAAGGAAAUUGCCCAGUACUAUUGGAAUGUUAAAGAAUCUGGAAGAGCUCCAUGCUAGUGAUUGUGAAGAAUUGACUGGUGAAAUUCCAAUUGAAAUUGGCGCAUUGUCCUCUUUGAAAAUUCUCAAACUAUCAGGUGCCCAUAUUUCUGAAGUGCCGACAACAAUCAAUCAUAUUCUCCACCUUGAAAGACUAGAGUUGACAGGUUGUAAUGAGGUUCAAGAAUUGCCAGAGCUUCCAAAAAGUCUAAUCUAUCUGCAUUUUCAAUCAUUGGCAUUGCGCAUAGUUCCGGAUCUCUCAAACUUGACUAAUCUGGUCGAUUUGCUCUUGUCUGAUGGCUCUGAAGAUGUGCUUCAAGCUUCAUCAGAUCUGUUGCCAAGUUCCAGCUUAGGGUGGAUUAGGAGGUUAUCCAAACUGAAGAAGUUAGAAUUGUCUCUUUCUAGUGUCCCUGCACCACCUACUGAGUUUGGUUCUCUUCCUCGUCUAACUGAGCUUAUUUUAUCUGGACUAGACUUGCAAUGUAUCAUGAAGCUUCCUCCCUCCUUAUCAGAGCUGCAACUUGUUAAUUUCAACUCAAUAAUAUCUUGGUCAAUCUUUUCCAACUUGAAAAACUUGUCCAGGCUACGACUUUCUCAAUCUCAGCUUCAAGAAAUUGAGUUCAGUGGCCUCGAACAACUCAGAGCAUUGUCAGUGACUAAAUGUGAACUCCUCCAGAGGUUAUUCAUCCCGGCAAGCUUAAAGAAACUUAAAGAAUUGUGGCUAUCAGAAUGUCCAAAGCUAGUUGAGAUUGAAGGUCUGGAGGCCCUAGAGUCCUUGGAAGAAAUGAAUGUACAGUACUGUGGUUCCAUUGAAAGGUUAUAUGACCUGUCAAGCUCAAAGUUGCUGAAGCUUUUGGUUAUAUCAGACUGCUAUGAGCUCCGUACUAUUGAGGGCCUCAGCAGUUUAGAAUCUUUGAAUGCAUUACUUGUUUAUGAGUGCAGUUCACUCGAGAAACUAAUUAUUCCAUCAAACUUAGAGAAGCUAACGCAUUUGGAGGUUUCAGGAUGUGAGAAGCUGAUUGAGAUUCCAGGUCUUGGUGCAUUGGAAUCGUUGGAGACUUUAACCAUUAAAAAGUGUCCUAUUAGCAAACUAUGCGAGUUAUCAAACUUACAGAUGCUGAAGUCUCUGUCAAUCGUUGGAUGCCAUGAGCUACAAUCUAUUGAUGGUGUUGAUGAGCUAGAAUCUUUGCUUGAUUUCUAUGUUUCUAGCUGUCGGAAACUGGAAGCUCUGGUGGACGUAUCUAACACAAAGUUGUCUGAUGAAUGCCUAAUAACAAUUCGAAAGUGUCGGAAAUUACAAAGCCAUGGCUAUCCUAAUGUCAAUGGCCUUCCCUACAGGGAUUACAAGGACAUGAUUGUUGCAAUGGCAAACUCUCCUACGAGGUCACUCCCUUUAGAGACAUCAGACGAGGAUGAAGAUGAAACGAACGAUGAAGCGGAAGCGCUGGAGGUGGAUAGAUACAGCUUUGAUGAUAAUAGCUCACCUACCAUCGUAACUUCUCACGAACCUGAUACUGAGGUUUGACUCCGAAUUCUUUCAUCCGCGAGUUCUCAAGAUAAAGAGAUUCCCAUUGUAAGCUAUGGUGAAUGAGGGACCCCAAUAUGACCACAAUCUUUUUUUAUUGCACCGGGGAUUUUCAUCUUUAGUUUCUUCCUACUCGGGAAAAAAGAAGGGAUAGAGUCACCAUAGGCCCCUAAACUUUUCCAACUUGUUGAACUCAGAUUUCUGAAUUUUAUGUGCAAUUGGAUCCUUAAAG